AUGAUUAGACUUUUAUCUGAUGUGUUUUGUUUUCAGGCCAAACAAAUGGGAGCCAAUGAGGCCUGGAUUGGUAUAAUUAUAGCAGAAUAUCAAAUUUCAUUGUUUUUGGGAUCAAUUAUAUUUGGAAAAUUGAUUCCUCCUUUAACUCCCAAAUUUAUGAUAAGUUUAGGCUUAUUAGUGGCCGGUAUUUGCAGCACACUGUUUGGUACUCUUCAAUGGUCUCCGACGGGCACAACAUUUGUGGCGUUGGCGAUGACAAGUCGUACGAUUGAGGGCUUAGGUGUGGCCUCUUUUUUCGCUACAACUGAAAUGUUUUACGGCAUCGGUAUGAUAUUUGGACCGGCAAUCGGUGGACUACUCAAUCAAAUCCAGAAGCUAUCCCCAUCACUAACAGGUGCCAUAUUUAUCAUAAUGGGUUUAGUUUAUGCUGUAUUCAGUCAAGUUUGGGCCUAUAUUGUAGAGAAAGUGUCAAACUGUCAUCCAAUAUGUAUAAUAGGCUGUCUGUUAUCAAUGACUGCAUUCAUAAUUGCCGGUCCAUUGCCUUUCUUUCCCAUUGAAUCUCAAUUAUGGAUGCCUAUUGUUGCACAAAUAUUUUUAGGACUGGGAACAGGAGCACAGUGUGUCGGCAGUUUUACUCAGGGAGUACGACAAACAAUGAAAAACGGUUAUCCGGAUAAUGUAUCGACAUUUGCUGUGAUUUCUUCAAUUUAUUCAUCAGCAAUAGCUUUAGGAUCUGCUAUUGGACCUGAAAUUGGUGGCAGUCUAUUGGGUGCUAUGGGUUAUCGGUGGUCAACAGUACCGAUUGUGGGCUUACAGAUAGUUAUCGAUUAA